ACAAAAUUCAGUUACAUAUACACACAAACAUAUGUUUAUAUAUAGUAUAGAUUCCUAUUACUCAAGUAUACCAAAUCUUUCAUUAACCAGCUGCAAAGAUGAUGAACGAGGGGCGUCGCAAUAGCUACGAUGUAGUUUCCGUGCCAUCGUAUGAGUCGCUGACGGUGCAAUCGGAGACCUCGGAGAAAUUGCCAACCGAUGUGGCCAUAACCAGUCAGAUGGUGCACACCUUGCUGAGCGAUGAGGAGAGGCUGAGGCGUUGCUCGCAUAUGCACGAUAUUAAAUCGAAUGCACCAACACCGCCCGUCUCGGUGGCCGAGGACCUUUUCAUUUGUGAGCUGGAGGCUUUCUCGAAUGAGACCUGUAACUACGAUGCGUCCGAUCUGCACGUGGCAGAAGCGUUCAAUUCCCAGCUCAUGAUUAUCCAUAAGGAGGGCGAUAUCCAUAGCGCUCUGCACUUUCUAGUCGACUCGCUGCACAAUCCCUUCGCACCGCGUGCUGUGGGCACGGUGUUCGUUGAGCAGGGCAUUCGAGAAGAGAUCAUUGCGCGCAUCCGUGAUCAAAUGAGGCCGCUGAGCUUUAAAACCGCCUUCCAUCCCAAUUAUCGCAAGACGAAGAAUGUGCUUAGCAGCUUGGACUUGCAGAUUGUGAGCGCCUCGGAGGACAGAGUGCCGCCCCCAUUCGCCUCGCCCAUUGUGGUCUGCGACUGCGAGAGCAAAGUGCUGGGCUCCCCGCCCACUGGCGUCGUCUGUUUGCGAUCUUUCAAGGACAACCUCGAGAUCGUCGAGUGGUGCAGCAACGAGAGUUUGCAAUUCGAGAGCAUCAGCAUCUGGAACGAAUGCGUGGAGAGUCUCUAUCAGCUGGUCGCCACACUGAACUGCAACACCUUCUACUUUAACAGCUGCAAUGUCAGCCUGGAGCCGAUCAAUCCAUCUCUGGCAGAGGAGAAGACUACUGUCUGCAUUGCCGAUGGCUUUCACUAUGAAACACUGCAGAUCGGCGAUCAAUUGAAAGUCGUAAUAUUUCCCUUUGGCUCACACAUCUGGCAGAUAGCAGAGCCCAUCGAGCCUCCACCGCCGCCCAUUUCAUUCCUAAACAGCUGAUCUGCCGGAUCAUACAGUCUCUUCCUUAUCUUCCUCAGCAGCAGCUGCCGCUGGGUGUUUCCGAUAAAAAA